AUGUCAGACCUAAACACCGAAUCCUUGUUAGCUCGCUUGACACUGGAUGAGAAAUUGGCAUUGAUCGCGGGACAGUCCCAGUGGCGGACCGCAGCCAUUGAUCGCCUGGAUAUUCCUUCUCUCAAGGUGUCGGAUGGACCAUCCGGGGCGCGUGGAGAAGUCUUUGGAGAGAACACACCAGCGGCUUUCCUGCCCUGUGGCGUGAGUCUUGGGGCCACAUGGGACCCAGACCUUCUACAUGAGAUUGGACAAUUACUGGCAGAUGAGUGCAAAACAAAAUCCGCCUCGGUGCUCCUCGGUCCCACGAUUUGUAUCCAUAGACACCCUCUUGGUGGACGCAACUUUGAGGCAUAUAGUGAGGAUCCCUAUCUCACUGGCAAGCUAGCCAUUGCCCAUGUUCGGGGCAUCCAGUCCCGCGGCAUUGGGGCCACGCCCAAGCAUUUCGUUGCCAACGAUCAGGAAACGAGGCGGUUCAAAAUAGACGCCAAGGUCGCUGCCCGUGCUCUGAGGGAGGUUUACCUGCUGCCGUUUCAGAUGGUCGUCCGUGAUGCCGACCCCUGGUGUAUGAUGACCGCGUAUAACAAGGUCAAUGGUCACCAUUGUGAUGCAUCCCGUGAGCUGCUCAUUGAAAUCGCCCGUGGUGAAUGGGACUGGCGCGGGGUCUUUAUGAGCGAUUGGGGAGGUACCACUUCUACAGUCGCGUCGAUCAACAACGGCCUCGACCUUGAGAUGCCUGGGCCUCCUACCAAGCGCUCGAGAGAUGCCUUGGAGGAGUCCCUUAAACAAGGCAUGGUGGACCUGGAUCGAGUGACUGAGUCCGCUGGUCGCAUCCUGCGUCUUCUCCAUCGGACGAACAGGUUUGCUGACCCUAGGGAUGACCCAGAGCGAUGCGAGGACACGCUGGAGAAGAGGGCCUUGCUUCUUCGCGCUGCCACUGCGGGUAUUGUUAUGCUGAAGAAUAACUCGUCAGCUCUCCCACUCAAACCCGUAGACUCUCUCCGCAAAGUCGGCAUAUUUGGUCCCAACGCGCAGAGGGUAGUCGCGGGCGGGGGAGGUAGUUCCUACAUCAAAGCCCAAUAUUGGACUUCAGUCUACGACUCAAUGAAGCAUGAACUUCGUGAAACCCAGACUGAGUUUGUCAGUUUACCAGGAGCCAAAGUCAAUCGAUACCUUCCCAUUUGCGAGGUGGCCAGGGACCCAGACACUGGCAUGUCCGGAGCAGCUGUCGACUGGUACAACGGUGUUGGAUUUGAUGGUGAAAUAGUAGUGACUACCCACAUUGACGAUUUGUAUUUCAUGUCUUUCGGAACCGUUCCACCCGAAGUCAAGGAUCCUACAGAUUUUUCCUUUCGCCUUCGUGCCAAAGUACGGCCACGUACAACCGGCUCCCAUUCCAUUUCUCUCGCCUCCAUUGGCCCUGCAAAGCUUAGUCUUGACGAGUCUCUACUCCUCGAGCAAUCUGGGGCCUACGAAGAGAAAGGCAAUCUCUUCUUCACAUACGGGAGUGAGGAGAAAAUUUGCUCCUGGGACUUCGAGGCUGAAAAUGACUAUGAGCUCCAAAUCGACUACCAAUGCCAUGGUCGCCAGCGUAACCCCAAGCUUUGCCAUCUUCUAGACCCAAUGGAAGAUCAGUUUCAGGGGAUCCGGCUCGGCUUCGAGGAAGAAGAUCGUCGGGACCGACCUAGUGAGGCCGCCAAACUGGCUGCGGACUGCGUUGCCGCCAUCGUGGUUGUGGGCCGUGAUAGAGAGUGGGAGACGGAAGGCCAAGACGUGCCGUUCUUCGAUCUGCCCGGCGAGCAAGUGCGUCUAAUUCGCAGUGUAGCGGCUGUCUGCAAGCGAACCAUUGUGGUCGUACAGGCCGGAACACCCGUGAACAUGGACCCGUGGAUGCAAGACGUGCAGGCUGUGCUCUACACCUGGUAUCAGGGCCAGGAGUUGGGCAACGCGGCGGCGGCGGUUCUCUGCGGUCAUGUCAACCCCUCUGGUCGACUGCCUGUCACCUUCCCGCGGCGGGUCGAAGACUGUCCUGCCUACUCAUCGUUUCCAGGUGAGGCGGACGAGGUCUAUUACACCGAGGGCCUAUUUGUCGGCUACCGAUGGUGGGAUCUGCUAUCUAUCGAACCGUUGUUUCCCAUCGGAUUUGGCCUCUCAUACAACGAGUUCGAGGUGGCGCCGGGCUCGAUCAGCACACACACCUUGACAAUCGGCUCUUCCGAGUUGAUUGUCACUGCGCAUGUGACCAACACCGGUGGGAGCGAGUUGCCAGGCCGGGAGACUGUGGUUGCGUGGUUCUCUCCGUGCGAACCAACGAGACUGAGGCGGCCGAAGAAGCAGAUCUGUGGCUUCGCCAAAUCCCGGCCACUGCUGCCUGGUGAGACGCAGGAGGUCGAGAUUCAAAUCGACUACCGGUCUUUGGGCAUGUUUGACACCAGUAGGAACCGUUGGAUCAUUGACGCUGCUAGUGAGGUGGAGAUUUUGCUGGGAACGACGGCGUCCCACGCGGUGCCUGUGGGACGUGUGACGGCAGGUCAGGAGAUGACUUGGAGCUAA